AAAGAAAAGGAAAAAUUAAAUUAGAAGAGAGAGAGUGAGUGGGUGAAUCAUCAACAAGGAGACUAGGUGACUAGGACAGUAGCAAUAAGGAUAAAAAUCAGCAGACUAAACAGAUUUUUAGUGCAGUUAUGGCUUCAAGAAAGCUUUCCUCUCUGCUUUAUGCUUCUUCUUCUUCGACUGCUGCUGCAACUUCUUUAUGUUCUUUGGGAGAAUUUUGGAGUUGGGGAAGAGGCAAAAUCAGGUUUAGUACCUCUGUUUCAGCUGCACAACCAAUCAGUCCAUCUGCUGUAACUGAGGAACCAAUCAAUCCAGCUGUUAAGAUAAAUCACACUCAACUUCUAAUCAAUGGACAAUUUGUUGAUGCCGCAUCAGGAGAGAGUGAAGAUGUUAAUCGUGCAGUUGCUGCUGCCCGCAAGGCAUUUGAUGAAGGACCAUGGCCUAGGAUGACUGCUUAUGAAAGGUCACUUAUAAUGUUUCGGUUUGCUGAUCUGCUUGAAAAACACCGUGAAGAAAUUGCAGGACUUGAAACCUGGGAUAAUGGGAAGCCUUAUGAACAGUUUGCUAAUAUUGAGUUGCCAAUGGUGAUCCGCCAAUUCCGGUACUAUGCUGGUUGGGCUGACAAGAUUCAUGGACUCACUGUUCCAGCUGAUGGGCACCUACAUGUCCAAACCCUGCAUGAACCUUUUGGUGUUGCAGCACUUAUUGUUCCUUGGAAUUUUCCUCUUCUAUUAUACUCUUGGAAAGUUGGUGCUGCUUUGGCAUGUGGAAACACAGUUGUUGUAAAGACUUCCGAACAGACACCAUUAUCCGCUCUCUAUGUUUCCAAGCUAUUCCAUGAGGCUGGACUCCCUCCUGGUGUUCUAAAUGUGAUCUGUGGUUUUGGUCCUUCUGCAGGUGCAUCCCUUUGUAGUCAUAUGGAUGUGGACAAGGUGUCUUUCACAGGGUCAACCGAUACUGCAAAGACUGUACUUGAACUGGCUGCAAAGAGCAAUCUCAAAUCAGCAACUUUGGAGCUUGGAGGAAAAUCCCCUUUCAUUGUGUGUGAGGAUGCUGACAUUGACAAGGCUGCUGAGCUUGCACAUUCUGCACUGUUCUUUAAUCAGGGCCAGUGUUGCGUUGCUGGUUCUCGCACUUUUGUGCAUGAAAGUGCAUAUGAUGAGUUUGUAGAGAAAGCAAAGACUCUUGCACUGAACCGGGUAGUUGGAGAUCCAUUCAAAAAGGGCGUCGAACAAGGACCUCAGAUUGAUAAUCGGCAAAUGCUGAAGAUCCUCAAGUACAUAAGGUCUGGCAUUGAAGAUGGUGCUACUCUUGAAGCUGGAGGUGAAAGAUUUGGCUCAAAAGGCUGCUAUGUACAACCUACUGUUUUCUCAAAUGUCCUGGAUGACAUGUUGAUAGCAAAGGAUGAGAUCUUUGGUCCUGUGCAGUCGAUCUCAAAGUUCAGUAAUCUGGAGGAGGUAGUCCGAAGGGCAAAUGCUACUCGCUAUGGACUAGCUGCUGGAGUUUUUACUCAGAAUAUUGACACUGCCAACACCUUGACCCGUGCCCUACGUGCUGGAACAAUAUGGAUUAACUGCUAUGAUAUCUUUGAUGCUGCAAUUCCUUUUGGUGGUUACAAAAUGAGUGGCCAGGGAAGAGAAAAGGGACUCAAUGGACUUACUAAUUACUUGCAAGUUAAGGCUGUUGUCACUCCUUUGAAGAACCCGGCAUGGUUGUAGUUUUCCCUACAAAAUUUCAGUAUCUGUGGUUGACCGGAAACUAAGUUUAUCUGCACCUUGCAUUUGCUAUAAAGAAUGUAUAUUAUGCAGAUUCCUAACUAAUUAUGUUACAGCAUCUGAAUAAUUUUAUGGUUAAAAU